AUGUUUGCCCUGCUGUUGGUGGGUCGAGAAAAUAUGGGUUCAUGGGAGCUGGAGGAUGUUUUGUCCGUAAGGCCUGAAGGGUGUCAGUGGUACGGCCGGCGGCCGGCCUGGCACAAAGAAAAAGGCGCGCCGCCCGUCACACUAUUCCCCGCCCGCCACUUUCCCUAUCGAAUUGCACACUUGUCAGUCGCGCCAGUGACGGCACCCACAUCGAUAAAAAAGGACUCCAUACGUGAAGUCGUUGCCAAGGACUUCCCCAAUUAUGUGCCGAAAGUUAUCGCAAAUACUUUGAACAAAGCAACGUUCAUAAAAUCAUCUGUAAUGAGGGCUAGAUUGCAAGAGCUCACAGAAUAUUACAUGGUAGAAAGAAGGCCGGUACAAGGAGAGUUUAUGGCCCUCACAUGUGAAUAUUAUGUAAAACCACCACUCAACGAAGAGCUGAUGGACAAAAUUAAAGUUUUAGCCACCACAAUGGAACUGAUACAAACUUACUACUAUUUUUGGGAUGACUUGGAAGAUGGAGCCAAGGUGAGGUGCGGAAAGCCAUGCUGGCACCUACGCCCAGAUACUGGAUUGCUUGCCCUUAACGAUGCAUGCCUCAUAAGAAGCCUCAUCAAUGAAACAAUCGAGCAAAAUUUUGACGGUGAACUACGUCAGAAUCUGCUGUACGUCUACAACCGAAACGAUGUUAUAGACAUAUGCAUCGCAGAAGGAACGGUGACCGGGAAAACUGGAACAGACAUCCAAGAAGGCAAAUGCUCGUGGCCAGCCGUGACCGUUUUGCAGAAAUGCAGUCCUGAGCAGCGGCGUGUUUUCGAAGAGAACUAUGGCAGCUGGGAGCCGGAGAGGGCGGCGCGUAUUCACGAAUUGUAUAAGGAGUUAGACAUUAUAAAUUUGUACAGGGAAGAGGUGGCCUCGCGCCGCGACGUUUUCUUCAGGAAAGUGAACGCACUGCCCAAAUCCUCAACGCCCUCAGCUGAGUUUUUCAUAGAGUUGUACAACUUUUUUGAUACCUUCACCAAAGAUCUUACUUUGAUGUACGAUAAUCAU